GGAAAGCCUCGUGGUGCGGUAUCCUUGUUAAAUGUUUCUACGAUAGAGAGUGGAGCAAAGUGGUGUUUCGUUUUUCCGUUGGGAUGAAUGGUUCAUGUGUCGUUCGUUCGAACUUUUGAUCGGAAGGAUUCGCUUCACGGUCGUCCAUCGUGUUUAUAGUGUUUCUCGCGGUAGAUUUUCUCGUUCGAUUCGUCUCCGUACUUUCGACAUAUUCCGCGACACCGGUUGUAAGGUUAUGUUCGUCCUGUCAUAUCCGCGUGCUACUCCGUGCGACCGUACUUUUCUUGUGAAUUUAUCGCGUACAGUGAAUACUUCGAUGUAGUGUUCAUUCUGUGUUAUUCGUGAGUGUUCGUUGAGAAGUUUAUGCCUGCAAGGACCUGUCGUAACACGUCCAACGAUCAAAAGAGGUAAUCCACGAACGACGCUACCACGCCUGGAAAUUCGCUUCCUGCAGAAAAUGUACACGAAAAUCCUCUGCACACGAAAAUCCUUGGUUAUUUAACAAAAACCAGAGACGAGUCGAGAAAAAAAGAACGAAAUCCGGGGAGAAAAAGUAGGAAGGGAACCGAAUCGAAGAAAUCGAAAUCGAAUCAAGAAAGCCGAUCCUUUCCUCGCUGGAUGAGUCGCAAGCUGGAAAGGGGCCUCGCCACGGUUCCAACCGUAUCCAGUGAAUCGCGAUAGAGAGCACCCUCGACACGUCUGCCCGUUGGACAAAAGGGUUUGGCCACUCGUCGCCCCUCCAAUCCCCUCUCGCCAUCACGCUCCUCCAACAGGGAAUUCAGGAUCGAAGAUCGCCCGUUGAUUCGUCACGGGAGAGCGAGAGGAUCGUUGAAGGCAAGAUCGUGUCGGCGCCAAAGUAUCUCAUGAAGUCGACAGGCGACAGCGGCAAAGUCGGGGAGCGAUUGUUGAGCAUAACCGACACGGGAUCGAGCCAAUAUCGCGGCACCAGGUGAAUCGAAAUCGAGGAACGCCUGCCCCGAAGCGAAUCCAACUUUCGUACCAUGUACAAGAUCCUUCGACGCGGUUCAAGCCGCGUUUUCGUCGUUUGCGCGGUCCUUCUCACUUUGCUGCUAUGUUUGUACUACGUGAAUCAGGCACAGGCGCCAUCCACGGGCCCAUCUGCGGGAAUUUUGAACGAAGAGCUCAGAUACGACAGAGGUCUUACCUCCAUCACGCCGGAUUACGUGGAAUCACCGGACGCUAAGGUCUCGUUGGACACCUGCCCCAUCAUUGUGCCUAGAAACGUGGAUAUCGACACGCAGCAGGAGUUCGAGAAGUUCGAUUUUCAACCAUCGUGGAUGCGCAGCCGGGAAUACUGGGACGACAGCUUCGAGGCUCGUUACGCGGAGCUCAGGAAGGAUCCUACGAGGCCGCCGUUAAAGGUAAUCCUUGUGCCCCACAGUCACACGGAUCCAGGAUGGUUGAAAACGUUCGAGCAAUAUUUCCACAGCUCUACCAGAAGCAUUUUGAACAACAUGGUCUCAAAGCUUCAGCAAUGGCCCAACAUGACCUUCAUCUGGAGCGAAGUGUCCUUUUUAUCACUCUGGUGGGAAAGUGCUCACCCCACCAAAAAGAUGGUCGUGAAGAGGUUGGUGAAGGAUGGCAGGCUGGAAAUGACCACUGGGGGUUGGGUGAUGACCGAUGAAGCAACGUCGCACAUCUACGCCAUGUUGGAUCAAUUGAUCGAGGGUCAUCAAUGGCUGAAAACGAAUCUGGACAUCAUUCCUGAGUCUGGUUGGUCGGUGGAUCCAUUUGGUCAUGGAGGUACCAUACCUUACUUUCUGAAAGCAUCUGGAGCUUCUGGCACGGUGAUCCAGAGAAUACAUUACGCUUGGAAGCAAUGGUUCGCCAAAAAACAAUAUGGCGAUUUUAUCUGGCUCCAGCCAUGGGAUCAGAUUGGCAAAGCUGAUAUGCUGACUCACAAUCAACCGUUCGAUAUCUAUAAUAUCAAGCAUUCCUGUGGCCCACAUCCUCAUGUCUGUCUCAACUUCGACUUCAGGAAGAUUCGCGGAGAGUAUACUGAAUAUUCGGUCAGAGCAGUGGAAAUCACUCCAAAUAACGUUAAACAGAUGGCCGAAUUGCUUUUGGAACAGUAUUCUAGGACUGGAUCGUUGUUCAUGCAUAAUGUGGUGUUAAUGCCACUUGGAGAUGAUUUCAGGUAUGAUCAUGCUAUCGAGUGGGACCAACAGUAUACCAAUUACAAGAUUCUAAUGGAUUACAUCAACAGCAGAAAGGAUGAAUAUAAUGCAGAAGUAGUAUUUGGUACACCUAAAGAUUACUUCCAUGAGAUCAGAAAACGCAUAGAGGAUUUUCCAACUUUGAAGGGUGAUUUUUUCGUAUAUUCUGACAUCUUCAGCGAAGGUAGGCCAGCCUAUUGGAGUGGCUACUUCACUACAAGGCCAUAUAUGAAGAUUCUAGAUCGUGAACUGGAGGCAAACCUUCGAUCAGCAGAGAUUCUUUACACUAUUGCGUUAAAUGUGGCCAAACAAUCUGGAAAAGAUUUUAUGUUGUAUGAAACAUAUUUUGAAAAGCUGGUGAAGGCUAGAAGGAACUUAGGUUUAUUCCAACAUCAUGACGCAAUCACUGGCACUUCCAAAUCUUUUGUUAUGAAAGACUAUGCUUUAAAACUCUUUGAAUCUAUAUCAGAUACGACCAGUCUGCAAAGUUUCGCCAUUCAAUCUUUAGCUGGAAGUCCAAGUAAGCCUAAUUCCGUAUACGUUUUGGCUGAAUCAGAUAGAGAUAGCUAUGAGAAAUUACCAAAGAAGAUACCUAUUGGAAUUAACGGUCAGGAAACGAAGAAAAUAGUGCUAUUUAAUCCUCUGGCUCAACCCAGACACGAGGUAAUCAGUCUAAAAGUCACUUCUUAUAAAAUCAGAGUUCUGGACACACAAAAGAAUCCUAUUCCGUAUCAGAUAGCUCCUGUGAUGAAUGCAACCAGUAUCACUCAUGAUGUUUAUGUUUUAUUAUUUGUGGUAGAGCUGAAACCUCUAGCCAUAGCUACUUAUCAUCUUCAACAAAUUGAUAAAGUACCCAUGGAGGCUAUUUCUACAGUAUAUUGCAGUAGAUGCGGCAAGGACAAUGUAUUUCCCAUCAAACCUAUGCAAGUAGGAGAUGUUCAAUUGGAAAAUCAAAGGAUGAAGUUGUUAUUUGAUGGUCAGACUGGUUUUCUAAAGAGAGUAACCAAAAAGGCGACUGGUAAAAUUAUGCAAUGUGCCAUUCAAUUCGCUGCCUAUCCGUCCGCACAGUUUCAUAGUGGGGCCUAUUUGUUCAUGCCUGAUCCUAAUCUUCGCGAUAUUGAUAAGGAUGUUCUAGAAGCUUAUACACCUCAUCAAAAGAUUUACAUUGUUAGUGGAAGUCUCAGCUCAAGGUUGACUGUUGAAUAUGGGAAAUUGUUAACUCAUCAUGUUGCUAUUUACCACAGAGAUGACGGAUUGGGCGAAGCAAUUUAUUUGAGAAACAUUGUAGACUUUGAAACUCCUCCAAAAAAUCGUGAAACAGAAAUGUUCAUGCGAUUGCAGACUGAUAUACUCAAUGGAGAUCCUCCAGAGUUUUAUACAGAUUUAAAUGGUCAUCAGAUGAUCAAGAGGACAAAAAUAGACAGGAUUGGCAUUGAGGGCAAUUAUUUCCCCAUCACUACUAUGGCCUAUAUAGAAGACACUAAUCACAGACUUACUCUUUUAGUGAAUCACUGCCAAGGAGCAGCCAGUUAUCAACCAGGAUGGUUAGAAGUUAUGUUAGACAGAAGAACAUUAUAUGAUGAUUCCAGAGGAAUGGGUGAAGGUCUUUUGGAUAAUCGAAGAACUAUCAUUAAGCAUUGGUUAUUGCUAGAAGACAUUAUUGGGGAAAAAGACAAGUACUCCAAGCCUUCACUCUUUGCUAACCAUUUGAGCAAUGCUCUCAAUUAUCCUGUGAAUAUUUUUGUGGUUGAUGGGACAGAAGGCGAUAUAGCAAUGGCACCAGAGGUUAGGCUACUUAGUCAGAGUUUCCCAUGUGAUUUACAUUUGCUAAAUCUUAGGACCAAUCAUGAUCAAAAACUGCCACAUUUCCCUGUGAAUAGUGCUCUGAUGGUGCUUCAUAGACAGGGUUAUAGUUGCUCCGUGGGAGUUGAUAUUGCUUUAAAACACUGUCCACUAACAGAGAAAAUCGGUCAGGGGACAUCUUUCUAUAAACUAGCAAAUCUGAACGUGACUAAAACCUCGCUAACUGGCACCAAGACGAAACAGAGGUUAAAGGAUGGCCUCCAGGAGGUGAGCUUACAACCUAUGGAGGUGGAAACGUUCAACGUGAACUUUGUCCAAUGAUCCUAAAUCCAACAGAAGCAUUCACUUGCCUUCUGAACAAGACACUGCCCUAGCAGAUGCUACCUCUUCGGAUCUUCGUGCAAUCCACUAGAAUCAGAAAGGGGAUUAUUCUGCAAAUGGCGCUGAAACCAUGUUCUUCUUGCCCCUCGUUUUUUACCUUGUGUUCCAUGGUCAAUUCAGUGUACAUAUUAGACGCCACGAUGAAAUUGACUGUGUUUGCACCAGUGUACAUACACAUACAUACACACCAGGUCAUCACAUACUGUACUAUUUCAUUUUUGGGUUUCCAAUUAGACAGGCAAGGAUAGGAAGGGAGAGUCAACGUAAGAAAAGAAAUUAUACAGAUUCAACUGUGUCUUCUGACUUCAUAUUCUCUCUAGUUCACAAGUUUUCCCGUGCAUCUCGAAUUAACUACAGAAACAUAGGAGAUUUUCACACUCUUUCUUCUCUGAAGUCUGAUCUUCAUAAAAUCAUUUAUCUCUAUAUUAAUCAAUUUUUACAUCUAGAUAUUUCAAAGAGAUUGUUGAUCUAAAUCAGGCUUCAGAAAUAUGCCAAAACAGAUCAACGACGCAAUCAAAUAAUCAAAAUAUAUUACAGAUUAGUAUAUCUAUUUAAUAAAGAUUUAGUUCGUACGAGGCGUACGGGAACUGUGUGAAUUACGAUAAAUAAUGUGCUCCAUUUAGCCUGAACAUUUAAAUAUCUUUGCAGAAUUUAAAGAUAGUUUAUUGGAAAAAACUAGCCAAAAAAAUUCUUAUUAUUCUAAAAUUAUAACACAUUACCGUUACAAAAUCUUAACAAUUGAUAUUCUUUUCAUAAAUAAUAAUAAUCUUUUUAAUGAAAAUAAUAUUACAAAUGUUGAAUAGCCUAUAAAGCUCAAAUCUUUAAAAUUCUUGUAAAGUUCUUAGUCACUUUAUAACAGGACAAUAAUGUUUGCUCCACAAAAACAAGUGACUUGCCCGAAAAAUAUACAAAAUGCUCAAGCCAAAUGAAUCACCAUGUGAAAUAUUAUAAAUAAUAUAUUAUAUUGUACAUAUCAAUCCAGGACUUUACCUUAGACCGUAUAUUGUGAUAGCGUGAGAUAUAUAAUGUAAAUGGUAUAUACCUAUUUUCAUAUGCAAAAUCUUAUACGAAAAGACUCUCUCUUCCUUCACCAGGCAGAAUUAUAAAGAGAAAAUAAUUAAUUAGCCAGAAAAUACUGGUGACUUCCAACGCUCUUCCAAUUCUAGCGGGGACACAAUUUAGUUGAGCCUAAAGGCUGGAAAGUACCUAUUUUUUACUUUUGCUAAGGCGUAUCCGGCUAGAGAGGCGAAAAGAUUUGAUCAAGCGUCCGCUGUAUGACAGACUUGUGUAAAUACUAGAUUAAUUAGCGGAAUAGAAAGUAUUGAACGGAUUCCAUGCAAAUCCUGUGUCACUUUCUUAAAAUCUAUAGGCCAGUGAAGUAUAUUUCUUGGUCAAAAAAAAAA